AUGUCAGGCCACGACCUCCAUGAUGCUCUGCUCCGGCCUCCAAUCCUCCAAAUUCUUCGCGCACAAGGUUUCCACUCAACGCGCCCGUCCGUGGUGGAAUCUCUUUCAGACCUCACCGCCCGAUACAUUAUGAUUCUUGCCUCUUCCACCGCUUCCCACGCCGCAAAUGCCCACCCGGACGACCCAGUGCCAGACCUUGAAGAUGUGUACCAGGCUCUUCAAGACGCAGGAGCGCUCAGACCGCAAUUACGUGAAUGGGAGGAAGAUUGGCAAGACGCAGAGGAUCUACGUGGUCUUGAAUCUUUUCUAGGCUGGGUAACUGGUCCGACUCACCGCGAGAUUCGGCGCAUCGCUGGUUUCGUGCCCAGUGAAGGCGACAUGGUGGACCCUGAUGCAGUUGAGAAAGAGGACUACUUGACCUCAUUAAAGAAGAAGCACAGUAAGACUGGCGAGGAGUCACGCUAUGCCGGCACGGUCAUUGGAAAGAGCGCGGAAGAACAUCCUGUGAUUAUCGAAGGAGGCGCACCUAGCAUUCGAGAAUGGAGCGCGCAGAUCCGAUCGCGUGCUCCGGCCAGUCCCGACAGCGACACUUCUGGUGUCAGCAGUGCGCCUUCUCAUCUAAGUGAAGAGGACGCAAUGGAAGUGUGA